UAAUUAUUUCAGCGUAAUUUUAAUUAUGAAAUUGUUAUUUAAUCUGUUCUUUCUUUAGAAUAAAAAAAUAAAAUAAAAAUGUUGGAGCCUUAGAUGCGGGGAAAAUGUCAUGUCAUCAACAUCUGUCAAUUUUAAUCCAAAAAUGUCUUUUCAAUGAUUGUUUAUUGUUGUUGAAGGAAAUUUAUACUCUUAAAAUUAGUUUAUUAGUAUAAUUCAACAUGAUAAAAGCAAUUUUAGUUUUUAACAAUCAUGAAAACAAGAUAUCGAAGUUUUACAAUAUUUUCCUGAGGACAUGCAACAACAGAUAAUUAAAGAAACGUUUCAAUUAGUUUCAAAGCGAGACGAUAAUGUUUGCAACUUUUUGGAAGGUGGAAGCCUUAUUGGUGGAAGUGACUAUAAGCUGAUAUAUCGUCAUUAUGCAAACCCUAUAUUUUGUAUUUUGCGUUGACUCAUCUGAAAAGCGAGCUUGGAAAUUUUGAUUUAAUUCAAGUUCUUCGUAGAACACACUCGAUAAAAUGUUUUGAAAAAUGUUUGCGAGUUAGAUUUAAUAUUUCAUGUGGAUAAGGUGCAUUACAUAUUAAAUGAACUUGUUAUGGGAGGUAUGGUGUUAGAGACCAAUAUGACUGAAAAUCUUACAAGGAUAGAAGACCAAAAUAAACUUGAGAAACAAGAGGCGGGAAUAGCAGCAGCGCCGGCGCGCGCCGUGUCCGCGGUCAAGAACAUGAACAUUCCACAGCAAAUCAAAGACAUUAAAUUGCCUGAUCUUCCGCAAGCAAUAAAGGAUCUCAAGUUCUGACCUCCAAAAGGAAAUCAACAGUUCCACAACUUAGACCUUCAAAACUAUCACCUUCCCCCCGAUUGUAAAUCUCUCUUGGACGAACCAACCAGUGCAAAAUAUACUUGAGUUUUUGAAACAAUUUUAAGGGGCAUUGUACUUUU